UUGCCUUCAAUUCAUGUUUUUUUAAGAUACAUAACUUAAAAUAUACGUGUUAGACACACGUCAUACGUCAAUCUUAUUUUGAUUUGCUAAGAAAUCAUAUUUCAAAACCGAUGUUUAAAAUGGCGACCGAUAAGCCAUCGAAUGAUAACUAAUCGACAAUUUAUGUGGCAUUCAGCAGAAAAUCACUAAGCGAUUAGUCAUCGAUUGAGUCUGCUGAAUGCACCCAAUGAUACAAAUCAAAGACGUAUGUCGUAGAUAUAUUAAUAUUAUGUGACACAUGACAGAAGCUCGAAACAAAUGACAAUCGAUGAAAAGCCCUAUAGACAACAAUUUUUUUGUUCAAUGUUUGUUUUACAAUUUUUUAUCAUUUCUUGUAUGCUCCAAUAGUUUUAUUCAAUUUAUUAGUUAGCUAUGGAAUCUAAAAUUAAAAUUAAAGAGGAAUCUGUUGAUUGUAACCAAAGUCACAUAGAGAAUCGGCUAGCCACAUCAACUAAUCUUGGGAACUUGAAGAAUGAACUAGAAGUAGAUAGUGCAGUAAAAGCUGAAAUUAAGGAAGAGUUUUUUGAAAAUGAUCCAAGAUAUACAGAGACUCAGGUAUCCACUGAUAUAACAGCCUUGAAGAUUGAACCAGAUGAUUAUAACUCAGAUAGGAAAGUAAAAGUUGAAAUUAAAGAGGAGUUUAUUGAAGAUGAUCAAAGAUAUAUUAUAGAGAGUCAGUUAUCUACAUCCCUGGAUCUGGAAGUCUUGAAGGAGUAUACAUCAGGUUGUCCCCAGGAAGAGAAAGAAAUGAGAACUAUGGAAAGUUUUCCUGCACAUUCAUCUCAACAAGGAAAAUACACAGAUCGACACAAGAAAUUUUCUCAAACCAACAUUGAACAUCUAAUGGUACAUACUAGAGAAAAACCUUACAAGUGCGAAAUUUGUUCUAUGAAACUUAGUGAAAAAAGAAGUUUGAAAAUGCAUAUGAGAAGACACACUGGAGAGAAGCCUUACAAGUGUGAAAUUUGUUUCAAGCAGUUUGCCGCAGCAGGCAAUUUAAAAAAUCAUUUGAGAGUGCACACUGGAGAAAAUCCGUACAAGUGUGAAAUUUGUUCUAAGCAAUUUAGUCAAUCAAGUAAUUUGAAAACACAUAUGAGAGUGCACACUGGAGAAAAACUUUAUAAGUGUAAUGUUUGUGUCAAGCAGUUUACUACAGCUCAUAUUUUGAAAAGUCAUUUGAGACUGCACACUGAAGAAAAUCCUUACAAAUGUGAAAUUUGUUUUAAGGUCUUUUCUCAAGAACACUCUUUGAAAAGCCAUUUGAGAUUACACACUGGAGAAAACCUUUACAAGUGUGAAAUGUGUUUUAAGCAGUUUAGCGAAGCAAGAGAUUUGAAAACACAUUUGAGAGUGCACACUGGAGAAAGGCCUUAUAAGUGUGACAUUUGUUUAAAGCAGUUUAUGACUACAGGUGCUUUGAAAAGACAUUUGAGAACGCAUACUGGAGAAAAACCUUACAAGUGUGAAAUUUGUUUUAAGCAGUUUAGAGAAUCAGGUAAUUUAAGACAUCAUAUGAGAGUGCACACUGAAGAAAAGCCGCAUAAGUGUGAAACUUGUCUUAAGCAGUUUAGUAAAGGAGAUACUUUGAAAAGACAUUUGAGAACACACACUGGAGAAAAACCAUAUAAGUGUGAAAUUUGUUUUAAGCAGUUUAGCGCAGCGGGAACUUUGAAAGCGCAUUUGAGAUUACACACUGUAGAACAGUUUUAAUGGAGACAGUAACAGCAAU